CGUAUCCGGCGUGUUGACCGCCUUCCUCAUUUGGCAACAUGGCGCCGGUGAUGGUAACGUUGAAAUCCGGCUUUCACUUUCAAAGACGAAAAUUAGCGCUUCUCCUUCGACAAACGAGCUCAUAUCACAUUUGGAAUAAAACGCGCCCUGAAAAUGGGACUGAACAUAAACGCCAAAGUAACGUUACAUAUCUGCCGAGUUCCCCUCCACACCUACGAACAGCAACAUGGACUACAAACAGGGUCGAAAACAAUCGUCGGAUUUUGGAGGCAGUAAAACAUUUACAGAUUACAGACAAAAGAACAUGUUGGCACGGAAAUGCAGGAGGAAAGCUGAAUGCAGAUCCCAAAAAUCUGCUGAACGAGGUGAAUUCAUCCCAGAUCCUGUCUGCCAUGCUGUCUUAUGUGUGGCCAAAGAAUAGACCAGACCUGCGGGCCCGUGUUGCCAUCUCUCUCGGCCUGCUCGCUGGAGCCAAGAUAACCAAUGUGACGGUGCCCUUCAUGUUUAAGUAUGCAGUGGACGAGCUUAACCAGAUGUCGGGACACAUGCUGAACCUGAAUGACGCGCCAAGCACUGUGGCUACCAUGGCAACGGCCAUGCUGAUUGCCUAUGGCACCUCACGGGCUUGUGCAGCCCUAUUUAACGAGCUGAGGAACACCGUGUUCGGCAAGGUGGCCCAGAACUCCAUCCGACGAAUCGCCAAGAACGUCUUCCUCCACCUGCACAAUCUGGAUCUGGGUUUCCAUCUCAGCCGCCAGACAGGAGCGCUCUCCAAGGCCAUCGACCGCGGCACACGGGGCAUCUCAUUUGUCCUUAGUGCACUCGUCUUCAAUCUUGGACCCACAGUCUUUGAGAUGAUCCUUGUCAGUGGCAUUUUGUAUUACAAGUGUGGUGGACAGUUUGCAGCAGUGUCCUUGGGUACCUUAUCAGCAUACACCAUCUUCACCAUUCUCAUCACUCAGUGGAGGACACGUUUCCGGAUAGAAAUGAACAAAGCAGACAAUGAAGCCGGCAACGCAGCUAUUGACUCCCUCCUUAACUAUGAGACUGUUAAGUAUUUCAACAAUGAGAAGUAUGAAGCUGAAAAGUAUGAUGGAUACCUGAAGACCUAUGAGUCGUCCUCUUUAAAAACCACGUCCACGCUCGCCCUGCUCAACUUUGGCCAGAGUGCCAUCUUCAGUGUCGGCCUCACUGGUAUGAUGUUGCUGGCCAGCAAGGGCAUUGUGGCAGGUACGAUGACUGUGGGAGACCUGGUGAUGGUGAAUGGGCUGCUCUUCCAGCUCUCCCUCCCCCUCAACUUCCUGGGCACAGUGUACAGAGAGACCCGGCAGGCCCUAAUAGACAUGAACACUCUUUUCACCCUGCUCAGCAUUGACACCAAGAUCAAGGAGAAGGAUCUCGCCCCGCCAUUAGCCAUUGCACCCCAGGGGGCCUCCAUUCGCUUCGAGGACGUCUAUUUUGAAUACCUGGAGGGCCAGAAAGUGCUAACUGGAGUGUCCUUCGAAGUGCCUGCUGGGAAGAAGGUGGCUAUAGUUGGUGGCAGCGGGUCAGGGAAAAGCACCAUUGUGCGGUUGUUGUUCCGCUUCUUUGAGCCCCAGCGGGGGAACAUCUACAUAGCGGGGCAGAAUAUCCGAGACGUCAGCCUUGACAGCCUGCGGAAGUCUUUGGGGGUUGUACCUCAGGAUAGCGUUCUGUUCCACAACACCAUCUUCUACAACCUGCAGUAUGGAAACAUCAACGCUACACCAGAGGAGAACAUCCUGACUUCAAUGAAGGAGAUGGUGAAGAACAGGACAUCAGUGUUCAUCGCCCACAGGCUUUCCACAAUCGUAGACGCAGACGAGAUUAUAGUGCUCAAAGAGGGUAAAGUGGCAGAGCGAGGCAACCACGACACUCUCCUCAGUACCCCUGGUAGCUUGUACGCAGACCUGUGGAACGCCCAGAACAGCAAAACCCUCAACAAUAACAAGAGCUUGCCCAAGCCGCCGACGGAGCACAUAUCCCAGAAGGAGGAGGAGAGGAAAAAAUUGCAGGAGGAGAUCCUCAACAGCGUAAAGGGCUGUGGGAACUGCUCCUGUUGAGAGAAGCUGCUGCCUAAGUGUCUGUACAUCCCUCACAGAUGGCCUACACUGGAAUCCCUGGUCUGUACAGUAUUUGGGAGGGUGCUGAGUGUGGUUACGUCCCCUCCACCCACUUAAGCCAAGCUCCCCCUUGUGACUAUUUCUCCUCCUCAUAUGAAUAAAGGCCGCUGCUCGCCAAAGUGAAGGAGGAAGAGCAGAACAGGGAGCAAGUGUGUUUAGCACUGGCUGGUGUCCAGAGAUAGAGCUUUUAUGCCAGUUAUUUCAGCGGAAGCCAAGCAUAAGAGACCUUGUAUAUCACAUACGUGUGUGUAAGACAUCUGUUAGUCAACAUGGUUGCCCCCCCUCCUCUUCAUUUUUGACAUCAGGUUUAUUGACAUCUUCCAUUGCAGUGGAAACAUAUUAGUGUACACGUAAUUACUUACAUAUAUGCCUUGAUGUCUACACACAGUUUCUUUUGAUUUGAUUUUUUUUUCUUAAUUUAUUUUCAAAAUAAACUCAACCUAUAGUUUGUUUUUUAUAUUGAGGAUGUGCACAUACUGCAAUGGAUAGAAAUACUGAAUUACAAAGAUUGUCUUGCAGUAUGUGUUGGUUUGAGUAACACUUUUUCCUUUAGCAGACACUUUAAUCGGAUUCCAUCAUAAUGCACAUUGCCCAUGCCAUUUUAAUGCUUGUUCUAAAAAUAUCAAAAUUGGCAGAUAAUCAUGUCUUCUUGAUUCGACUCACAGCAUAAUGUGGAUGUUUGGGCUCAUCCAAAAUAGAUCCCCAGUGAAUUAGCAGUUUGUCACUGUCACAUUCAUGUAAAUAUAACAGUCUAAGAUUGACAAGAUGUAACUCUAUUAAAUCAUUAAUGGUGUUCACCACAAUAACAGACAACAACUUGAAAGUCUCCUCUGGGAACGUUCACUGUCAUCAUUUAGCCUUGGUUGACGGGCCCUUUUAAAUGAAGUUAUUCCAAGUUUUAACAUUGCUAAGACAGCUUUUUGGAUUGUAUGGUCACAAUACAAAGAUUUAUUCCUGAAGGUUACAUGAAAAUGUUAAUAUUUAAAAGCUUGGCAGUACACUAAUGUCCUCAUUUUCUGAGGGCUGUUUUGGUCUGUGGGGUGCACAUUUUGUUAGGAAUCUUGGUAUGUUGUUGUAUCUAUGAAUGAAAAGAAUAAUUCUUGUACUAUACACACAAUGUGAAACCUUAUUCAUAGUAUUCUGAACUAUGCUGACUGUGUGAGUACACUGCAGACAGAUGAAUAAAUGUUGGGUUUGUCUAAAUAA